AUGCAGCCUGUCAAGAUGCUCUCAAUGGUGCAGAGAUCUUGUCUUAAAGGAGCGGUUUGUCCUCUGGGUGAGUUGUGUGAUGUGGCCCAUGAGUUUGGCGCCAUCACGUUUGUAGACGAGGUGCAUGCGGUGGGGUUGUACGGCGCUCGGGGAGGAGGUAUCGGGGACCGAGACGGCAUCAUGCACAAGAUGGACAUCAUCUCUGGAACACUGGGCAAGGCGUUUGGCUGUGUUGGGGGCUACAUCGCCAGUACUGACGCCCUGGUGGACACGGUGCGUAGUUACGCUGCAUGCUUCAUAUUCACCACGUCUCUGCCUCCCAUGCUGCUGGCGGGCGCCCGCGAGUCCAUCCAGACCCUUAAAGGGGAGGAGGGAAGGAAACACCAGCGAGUCCAUCCAGACCCUUAA